AUGUGCUACUAUGGCAGCUACUAUGGUGGCCUGGGCUAUGGAUAUGGUGGCCUAGGCUGUGGCUAUGGCUAUGGUGGCUAUGGUGGCUGUGGUUAUGGCUGUUGCCGCCCUCUGUGCUAUAGAAGAUACUGGACCUAUGGCUUCUACUGA